AUGCGCACAGCUCAUGCGCGCUACCAGCCUCCCGUCGCCGCCCAGCCCGUGCUACCAUUAGCGCCAAGUCCUCGUCGCUCCCACGUGGCUUCCCCCACCUCAUCGCUCCCAGCCGCUCGGGCAGCUUACUGGCGGCAGCACUCCCAAGGGGGGGGAGUGCGCUCGCCUGGCGCUGCAGCUGCAGGGGGCACCAGCUGUCAUGGACCUGCCCUGCCCUUCCCCUUCCUGCACCUCUUCAUCAUCCGGGCACCCUUUCCCUACUUCUACCGCUCUCCCACUCUCCCACCCUCUCCACCCUCCCGGCCUGGCGUGCUGCAUAAGGGAUGCAGGUGGAGCAGGGGCGACACACCAUGUGCUCCUUCCUCUCAUCCCUCCACCUGCAUGCUUGUGGUCCCUACGCUGCCCUCUGCGGUCCUUAAGACACCCACUCCAUCCCAUUCUCCCGGACUCUGUCCCCCAUUCUCUCACACUUUCCCAUUCCAUCUCCAUUCGCUCUACCCGCUCUCACUCUCUCACUUUUGGCCCCUGUCUGCCACUGUUCACAUCACAGCCUAUCCGCUUGGUUUUCUCGUCAAUGUUCUCCAAUAUCAUUCUCUCAUGCGCAAGUCAUGCUCGCUCUUCAAGUCGGAGAUUCGUUUUCCUUUCUCUCAUCUUCCGCACUGCCCUGGUAGGAUGCCCACUUCCCACCCCUUUCUGAGAUUCUAUGCCCGGGGUGAUGCGCACCGAUCAACCCCUUCCACUCUCUCACUUUCCGCCUCUGUCUCCUCCGGUUCGGUUCACAUUCUUAUUCACUUUGAAAACAGUGAUUUGUUCAUGGCUCUCCAAACUCAUUCCCUCACCCAAGUCCCAUUUGCUACUGGUUUCCUUUCCUCUCUCAUCUCCCGCGCUGCCCUGGGGCCUUCCCCUCCACUCGCCCGCCGCGCUGCUGCUGCACACGGUAUGGGCAUGGGGCAUGGUAUGACGUGGUGUGUAGGGUAUGGGCGUGAGCUGGGAGGAGGGACAGGAGGAUUAAGAGAGCCAAGAGGGACAGCUGUGCCUUCUCUGUGUGCUGCCUCCUGUGUCAUCUCCCCACUUCCUCCUCCAUCUCUAUUUUUUUCAGCUGUCCUUCCCUAUGCCUCACUGCGUAACACUUGGGCCUUCCCCUCCACUCGCCCGCUGCACUGCUGCUGCACACGGUAUGGGUGUGAGGAACAAAUGGGCAUGAGGCGUAGGCCGCUCACCAUCCUCGCCCCUCACCUGCUCCUCCACCCCUCCCCAUCGCCUCCUCCUUCUCUCACUGCCACCACUCUGAAGCUGACGCGCCUUGAGAAGCUGACGCGCCUUCAGAAAACUGACACGCCUUCAGAAAGCUGA